UGAGCAAUCGGCCGCAGUGUGUGGCGCGCCCUCGUCACCGCCGUCCGCACGCCGCGCUCGCUCCCUACUCGCACUAAACUUAAUACGUACUUACUACGAACUUAACUUACUUAUUACGAACUUUAUAUACUUUGUCCGUCAAAACUAUCAUGUAAUUGAAGACACAAAAACAGUAUCAACGUUUUUUUUACCUACAAACAUCCCGAAGUACUUUGUUGGUAAACAUUUACACCAAUGUUUAAAGGCCUCAGAUGGAUAUCUCAUGUAACAAUAUUUGACGACAACGCAGAGAAUCUUUCGUGACUGGAAAUAUGCAGCAGCCUUGGUGGCUAUACUUGCUUGCUGUAUUCUGGAUACGUCUUGAUUCUAAGCUCGUAGGUCAAGCCUUCCAGCCGGAAUUCGCGGAGCCCAUAUCAAAUCUAACAGUACCGAUUGGCCGUGAUGCAAUCUUCAGAUGUCUAGUUCAAAAUCUUGGAGGUUAUAGAGUUGGUUGGGUAAAAGCGGAUACUAAAGCCAUACAAGCAAUACAUGUGCAUGUAAUAACAAACAAUCAUAGAGUCAGCGUAUCACAUAACGGUCAAACGAUUUGGAAUUUACACAUAAAGAACGUUCAGGAAGAAGACCGAGGUCGAUACAUGUGUCAAAUUAAUACAGACCCGAUGAAAAGUCAGAUGGGUUACCUGGAUGUUGUUAUACCUCCUGAUUUCAUUUCGGAGGAAACAUCAGGCGAUGUGAUGGUACACGAGGGCGAGACGGUGCGGGUGUCGUGUCGAGCUCGCGGCCAGCCAGAGCCGCGCGUCAUGUGGCGCCGGGAAGACGGAUCAGAUAUUAUAAUUAGAUAUACAAAUGGAACUAAAACUAAAGUGUCAAUUUACGAGGAUGCAGUGCUAACAUUCAACAAAAUCUCUCGAUCUGAAAUGGGGGCAUACCUGUGCAUUGCAAGUAACGGUAUACCACCUUCUGUCAGCAAAAGGAUUGUUAUCAAAGUACAUUUUCAUCCAGUUAUUCAAGUCCCCAAUCAGCUGGUGGGGGCGCCACUCGGUACCGACGUGACAUUAGAAUGCUACGUGGAAUCAUCGCCAAAGUCCAUCGUCUACUGGGUGAGAGACUCAAAUGAAAUGGUAAUAUCGUCAGAGAAGUAUGAAGUCCUCAACACAAUGUUGAGUCCCUUCGAGAGCCGAAUGACGCUGACCAUACGUCGACUGGAGAAGAUAGAUUUUGGAGGCUACAGAUGCAUUGCGAAAAAUUCACUCGGCGAAGUGGAUAGUAACAUCAGGAUGUAUGAAAUCCCAGGCCGAGGUCGUAUGAAAAGUUUAAGCACAGAGCAGAGUAAAGAAGAUUAUAAAUAUUCAACACCGUUAGAAGGUCCUGACAACCAAUUCGGAUCCGCAGACACAUCUGAUGAUGAAGACGAAAAGGAAACUUUGACCGAUUUUGUCAAUAAAACGUUAAUAACUGAUUCCAGUGGCACUGCAAAUAAAACUUUGCAAUUGACGCGUUCAAACGCAAUAAGUAAAUUAAACGUAAGUAAUAAAGUUAAAAAAAUUACAAAUAAAUUUGAUAUAGAAAAUCAAAAUAAUAAUGCUUGUAGAAAUUGUAAUGUACGAAUAAUAUUCAUUUUAUCGUUUAUAUUAAAGAAUGUUAUAUAUUUACAAUAUUAAAAAAAUAUAUAAUAAAUUGUCUUCGUAAAUUAAAAAUAUAACAAUUGUACAUAAUGUUAGCUUUUGUCCCUUAUGUAGGCCACAUAUCAUAGAUUUUGCGCGUCAGUGUUAACCUUGCAACCAUAACUAACAGAUACAACCGAGUUUAAUAGUACACAAUAACUGUACAGUUUUGUCAUACACACGCUGUUCAUGUAGCUUAGGAACUAAUGUGUGUGGCCUUCAUUACUCUUUUAUCAAUAUUUUUAAUAAGUAAUAAUUGACUAACCGUGUCAAAGAUAGUGACAGGGAUGAGAAUAUGUUUUAUACAGAGAUUUUGGUCUUAUAAACCCACGGUAAUUGACCCACGGUAAAUGGUAAAAUGUUGUUUUAAGUUACAACGUUAAUAUAAAAAACAUUUAGUACAUAUAGUUUGAUAACAGUAAUGAAAAACCUACGGUUCAUAAACCUAAUUGAAUGUGUCGAGGCGAGCGGGAAAUUGGUAUUGAUGCGAAAGUUCCGCUAGCACAAAAUUAAUAUUCAACUGAUGUUUUAACAUGUAUGCAUACCGACAUAUUAAUAUGUUAAUUUGCAUUAUUACAUACUGGCUUUUAAUAAAUACUUGUUUAUGCUAUUUCAAUUAUGAAAGUAAUUGUACACAUGUAUGUACAAUGUACAAAAACAUUAUUACCAUAUUUUUAUUUUACAAAAAUAAGUAUGUGUAUUUGGGUAGUUGACAGCUAUGGUUAUACAACAUCAAGAUGGAAAUUUCUUUGCACACUGUACACGUCAAAAAAGGUACAUAUUAUGUGAUGUUAUCGAAUGAUUAUCGUGCAUUU